CAUCUUCUAUAUUUCGUCGUUGAUGUUCGACUUCCUUGCUUGGCGUGAGGUAGAGUCGCUUCUUCGGCUCUUCGUUGCGGUUUGACUUAGCUCCUUCGACGACGUUCCCUUCCUGUCGGAUGGGAAGUUACGACAUUUUGAGAGGAGGCAACGACGGGAGCCCGCUCGAUGUGAAGAUUUUCUGGGCAUCUUCGGGCUUCAGAUUACUGCGCAUGCGGUUAGAAACUUGGUCCUUCUCCUGAUCUGGAGGACCCCUCUAAAUGCAACUUUCCGUUUACUGAGUGAUUGAUUUCCAUGAUUUGGAUCUGUUUUAUACUUUUAUUGGCGGACACCACAUUAAAGACUAGGCAUUUCGAUCUCUUUGAAAUUUCAUAUAGUUUGGAUGCUACUGGAACUUUGAUUCAGCUUGAUAUAUUUUCUUGACGUGCAUAUUUUCUCGAGCGAUCCAUUUUUUUCCCUCCAAAAUCAUAACUGGAUUAUGGGUAUGCAUGAUUUCUUUCGUCAGCUACACAGACAGUAAAUUAAUGCACUCAUGAACAACUCCACAUUUGGGCCAGGAAGCCCGAAGCCCUUUCAUGCCUAUUCUAGACGGGACAUUGAUUUGGAAUCUGGAAACUUUAGAAAACCCCGACAACAAAAAAGUUUAGUGUCCAGAUUUAUUAGAAUGAUCAAAUCUAUUGGAAACCAAAUCAGCUAUAUCUAUAAGCUGCAUCCACUUUUAGUUUUCAUUGCCUCGUUAAUAUUUGGUUUGGCUGUGUUGAUUGUUCUGUCUAUGUAUGAAAAUAGUUUCCUGCUGAUGAAGCAGCAAAAUGACAAAUUAAGUUUAGUCUAUGGUUCUUAUCCUAUGAAGAAUUUGCAUAAUCUUGUCAUGGUGGCUGGACAUUCCAUUUACAUUAGUAGCACCUGUGGGAAGUUUGAUAGUGAAGAUUCCUGGUUCUUGGAGCCUUAUCAGAAGCAUCCAGGUCAAGCUGCUACAUUCAUUGCUCAUAUUAAGGAGGGAGUGAAGAUUGCAGCUCAAGAUGAGAACGCUCUUCUUUUGUUUAGUGGAGGGGAAACACGUAAUGGUGCUGGCCCUCGGAGCGAGGCCCAAAGUUACUGGGCUGUUGCUGAAGCAAAAGGGUGGUUUGGAAAAGGUACUCAUCUCCACCUGGAGCACAAGAAAGCUGAGGGAGCAGAGGAGGAGGUUGCUCCUACACCUAUUCUUAUACUUGCUCCACCCUGCCAGAACUUUCAGCUGGACCAGCUGGUGGAGCAGUUUGACCAUGGAAAUAUGGUUGUCAGCUAUGAUUUCAAAAAAGAGAGGUUUUCUGACCUGCACCGAUCUUCAAUCAGAUUCCCAGAAGAAAGAUUUUUCUUCGUUGGCACCCCAACUACUCCUGAUUCAAAGGAUGCAGCCAUGGCGGGGGAAGCCAUUGUCAGAGCUCAGUUCCAGGUCGAUCCUUAUGGCUGUACAGGUUCCCUUCAAGACAAGAGACUUAAAAGGGAUCCAUUUCAUCGGUCUGUUCCCUAUCCUGGAGGAUGCCCUGAACUGAAAAGCUUGUUCAGCUACUGUGGCCCCGUUGUCAGCUAUGAUUUCAAAAAAGAGAGGUUUUCUGACCUGCACCGAUCUUCAAUCAGAUUCCCAGAAGAAAGAUUUUUCUUCGUUGGCACCCCAACUACUCCUGAUUCAAAGGAUGCAGCCAUGGCGGGGGAAGCCAUUGUCAGAGCUCAGUUCCAGGUCGAUCCUUAUGGCUGUACAGGUUCCCUUCAAGACAAGAGACUUAAAAGGGAUCCAUUUCAUCGGUCUGUUCCCUAUCCUGGAGGAUGCCCUGAACUGAAAAGCUUGUUCAGCUACUGUGGCCCCGCUAUUUAUCCAGGCGCUCUCCCAUGGUGAUAACUAUUUAUUGCAUUAAAAUCACAGAACAUAGCCUUCACAGCUGAUUUAUAUUGCAGAGAAGUAAUGCUGGUCAAAUAAUUUAGGUGACUUCGGAUCUUCUUGAGGAAAAAGUUUGUCUUGUGCUUCUUGGGAGAGAGAGGGAAAGGGAGAGAGGGGUGAGAGAGAGAGCCAAAAGAGAACAAUCUUAUUACUUUUUUAAAAUAGAUGCUUUAUUACAAACGAUAGAAUCUAUAUAUAGAUACUAACAAUAGCACAAAAAAAUACAUUAGAAUCUAAACUAAAAGAAUAAUAAGAUUCUUUCUUUUAGUUUAGGUUUUUUUUUGUAGUUUUUUGUGCUACCAUCAGUAUCUAAUAUAGAAAAGCAAUAAGAUUGUCUGAUUUGGCUCUCUCCCUCGCCCCUUCUCUCCCUCUCCCUCUCUCUUCCAAGAAGCUUGAAGAGAAAUAUCUUAUUCCUCAAGAAGAUCCUACAAGUAGUUUGGUGGAUUGGAUAUGUUCAAUUGUGUUUACAUUGGAGCAUGGAAGAUCUGAAGCUUGUAAGAAUUUUAGUGGUUGAUCGACUUGUUUAAAUGCUUGUAAUGCUUGCAGAUAAUGUUAUAUCAUAGUUACAUGAAAUUCGUUGUAUAUUUAUUUGAUGGUUAUAUCAACUCAUUUAUAUCAAUGUUAUCAGCACAAUUCCUAGAACA